AUGUCACAAAGCCCCGCCAAGACCGACGUCGAUUUCUACAAGAAAGCAGAGAGGCCAAAGCAUGAUAAAGGAAAUGUCAGCGUCCAGAUUCACCAGGCCCUCAACGCCUCCGUCACCUGGGGCCAAGAAUCAAAGGACGUCGAAGUCACGGAUUGUCCUAUUAACGUCGCAAUCGGGAAUCCAAAUGCUGCCGCUACUCCGGCUUCAGCUUUGAGCUUUGCUGAGGGCACCCCUGUGGGCGAGACUUCUCAGGAAGGCACCGCGACCGCAGAGCUUGCGCAGAACACCGCACCUCCCGCUGUCGCUCCAUCGGCCGUGCAAACCAUGCGCGAGCGUUUAGCUGCCGCUGCCGCAAGCCGCAUCGCAAGGAAUACUCCUGCCCAGAUUGUCACGCUCGCUGAUAUCACCCCUCGAGAGGAAGAGGCGGGCGCUCGAGGGUCUAGCGAUACAGCUGGCAGAGUAGCAUAG